UCCCUUGCGCCGCCAUCGGGGCCCAGCGGAGGCGGCGGGGCCGGGCCCGGGGCCGCGGGUGCGUGUACGGCGGAGGGGCCCCUUCCCCACCCAGCCCGGGGAGAUGGAACCGGUCCCCGGGCGGCGGUGGCAGAAGGUGCUGUACGAGCGGCAGCCCUUCCCCGAUAACUACGUGGACCAGCGGUUCCUGGGGGAGCUGCGGAAGAACGUGCACGCCCGCCGGUACCGGUACCGGGCCGUCGUUUUCCAGUCGGGAGCAGUGGUGCAGCAGCUGUGCAGCGUCUGCAUCUUCGUUGUCACCUGGUGGUACAUGGACGCCGGGAUGCUGAGCCCGCAGGGGCUUUUUGGGGUGGCCCUGGUCUCCUCCCUGCUCGGCUACGUCCUCUUCGACGCCGUGGACGGCGGGGCCGGGCGGCGGGAGAGCGGGCGGACGCGGUGGGCUGACCUGAAGAGCACGCUGGUGUUUGCUGCCUUCACCUACGGCUUCUCGCCGGUGCUGAAAACACUGACGGAGUCCAUCAGCACGGACACCAUCUAUGCCAUGUCAGCCCUCAUGCUCCUCGGUCACCUCAUCUUCUUCGACUACGGCGCCAACGCGGCCAUCGUCUCCAGCACGCUGUCCCUCAACAUGGCCAUCUUUGCCUCGGUGUGCUUGGCCUCCCGCCUGCCUCGCUCCCUCCACGCUUUUGUCAUGGUCACCUUCGCCAUGCAGAUCUUUGCGCUCUGGCCCAUGCUGCAGAAGAAACUGAAAGCCCAGACGCCCCGAUGCUACGUGGGGGUGACGGUGCUGUUUGCGCUGGCAGCGCUGGCAGGGCUGGCCACCGUGUCCAGCGUGGGUGCUGUGCUCUUCACCUCGCUGCUGCUCGCCAUCUCCUGCCUCUGCCCUUACUGCCUCAUCCGCUUUCAGCUGACCAAGGACAACAUCCACGGGCCGUGGGAUGAGGCUGAAAUCAAGGAGGACCUCUCCAGGUUCCUCAUGUAGGCCUGGCUCAGGGGGGGACCCUCUGCUGUGUGUGUCCUUGCUGGGGGACAGCCCCGGGGAGAGGACACCAGCCCAAUAAAGCCUCUCACACAGCAA